AUGGCUUCCAAUCACGUGCCCAGUGAACAAGUGCCCAUGCCAGGACAGACCAUCUACACCGAUCCGUCCUACCAGAACCUCUUCUCGUCUGUCGAUCGGUAUGGUACCCCGUCUUGGGAAUCGCAACUCAACCAACAUUCUGGCCUGGUGCCCAAUUCGUCGACCCACCAAUGGCAUCAGCGCGCUUUUCCACAACAACCAGUCAACGUUCUAAGCCAAGCAUAUGGAGCCCAAGACCAUGGAUCCCGGACGGCCUCACCAUAUCAGUACGGUCAGUUCAACCAGCACGGGUCGAUAGGCAGUUAUGGACACUCGCCAAAUGUGGACCCCUCCCUGGGAAUGGACCCUGCUGCCAUUCGACAACAGCAGCACUCGCCCUAUCCGAUGCCAUUGCGGAAUACUACUCCGCAGGCUCACCCCGGGACAGUGACACCUCAGGCACUUCAACAAAACGUAUCCUCACUUCAGAACACACGUGCAACGACUUCUCCCUUCCAAAUAUCGAAACCCCCAGUAGAGCAGUUUGUGCAAAAUUCAAAUCCGGCAGCUUACAUCAAGUACGCGCCAAACCCAGAGUAUGAUAUCCCAAAUGGCAGGAAAUCAGGUGGGCUGUAUGUUCUAGAUCAGGCUGCGUUGGCAAACGCCACUAAAUCUACUGCUCUAAACAAGCUUGUGAAUCUCGGCACCCAAGUCCAUCAUCUAGCUACGAAUAGAACUGCGCUUCCGUUGUACACCGCUCGACAGUCUCUGAAAGACCUGAAGAGGGCUGGUGCCGAUAACAAGAAACUGGCAAAACUUUCAUCCGUCAAGCUGUCCAUUUCAAGAGCUCGCAAACUGGACAAGUCGACGAACAGCGCUUUGGGCCUGAAGAGGGAGGUUACUGAUAGCGAAAGUUACACUGACUCUUCCGACGAUGAUAGCGAAUACACGGACGAUGAAGAUGAGGAACCAUCUCCGCUACCAAAGUCAAGACCCGACGAACCACAUGCUGCUGUCUGCUACGACAUCAUCAAAGCCACUUGGUAUCCUCGAAGAUCACAACCAGGUCCAGAGAAAAUCAAAACUAGCAUGCGCGAUAUCUGGGAAGUACUCAACACAAUCCAGAAGCGUUGGCGAGCUGACAGCAAGGCUGUGUCGGAUGCGGAAGAACAGAAGAAGACGGGUGAGCUACCUGUGCUGAAAAGCCGUGUCGCCAGUCAGCGCGAUUUGCUUCAAUCUGCCUUAAAGGCUGCGCUUGAUCAUGCUCAUCCUGAUGUUCUUUACCAUCUUGGGCAAAUAAAGCCUUUGUUGUAUCUUUGCUAUCAGUUUCUAGCGAAUCGAUUCAAAGGGAAGGAUUAUGAUGGUUCGUUGCCUGCCGUCAUCUACGAGAUCCUGUCGAGGUGUGGAACUUUGACCACUGAGCUUCUCGAAGAAACCAAGGUCAACAAGGCGCUGGUGUCAAUGAAGAAACAUGCAAAUGAGAAGCACAAAACCUUGAUCCAGCAGGUGAUUGAUGGCGCUGCUUCUGGCAGCAAGAAGGCCAAGGUCAGCUCUCCGCCACGGGCUGAGCCUGUAGAGGUGAAGGGCGCCAAGCGCCCUGCAACAGACUCGGUGACUCGCCAACCAAAUGAAGGGCCAGCAAUAAAAAAGCUUAAGCCUCUUGAUCUCUCUGCCAACUCUGCGAAAAAAGACACUGAAACGACUACAACAACAACAUCAAAACCCAUUUUACCAAUACUACAACGGAAGAAGCCUGGUGAGAAGCCCGGAGCAGCGUCUGUGCCAAUCAAGGCCCGAGUCAACCAGGUAACAAACAAACCAUCCGGUAUAUUCGCGUCCCUCAAUGCUGCGAGCAAGAGACCAGCACCUGCUGCAACUGCUCCCACAAACGCAAAGGCAAACGCCCAGCAGAAACCUGCUCCCGUGGCAUCCAAAGACAAGAAGCCUGCAACAGCGGCGUCAAAGUCGUCAUUCUCCUUCGCCUCUACUAUGGCCUCGCUGCUGAAACCCAAAGAACAGGAGGCAGCGCCCGUCAAGUCCGAAAAGCAGGUUCCACCGGAGACUCCUGAGGAGAAGACCAAACGCUUGCGAAAAGAAUCCAGGCGACAUUUGCGCGUCACCUUCCGCCCUGAACAGUCUCUAGUGGCUAUCAAGUACUUCGAUCACGAACCUGAGGACGACGAGGGCCACGAUGAAAACUUCGUCCGGGACGCGGGUGAUAUUGGAGGUGAAGGCCGCAUGUUCAAGCAACACAAGGAGCUUGAUGUUGACGAAGACGAUGAUGAUCCUGAGGUCGAUAGCCGGCCAUGGACAGAACCAUCUCAGGUAGACUUUAGCGUCAUAUCUUCUGAAGACCGCGAACGCAACUACAUACCAUUCGGUGGUGGAGAGAGAUUGCCGUCGUGCCCUGAGAAGGAAGCAAACAUACGGCGCGAAAACGCCACGUUGAUGGUCUUUUACUCACACCCCGGUGAUAUACCAUCUUCUCCCAACGAACCACCCCCAGAACAAACCCAGGAGUCGGCGAUCCAAGUUACCCACUUCGGAACGCCACCUGACAAAGUCCUCCAUAGAGCACCCCAGCCGGCCUUGACAGCACCUGCGCCCGCAUCAGCGCCGAUGCCUGAUCUCAGCAACCUCGAGGAAAUUUUCAAGCAAUUUGCCACGCCUGGCACGAGUCAACCACAACCAGCGGUGAUGCAGGCUCCGGUUCAAACGUCAUACGCAUUGCCCCCUGCGGCUCCCGCCGCGCCCGACCUCGCGAGCAUCCUCAAUGCCCUGCAAGGUCAAGCUUCGGCGCCGCCGCAGCUGCCUAUGUCGAUGCCAAUAAUGGCUCCCGUGCAACAGCCGCUAGCACCAGCUCCAGGGUUCGAUCUUGCUGUCAUUAUGUCUGCCUUGCAAUCACAAGCAGCAAAUGGCGCUCCUCUACCACCACCUCCGCCCGGUUUCCCACCAUCUGGCUUCCCGCCGUUUGAUUUCUCAUUCCUACAACAAGCGCAGCCACAACAACAACCACAACAACCAGAUGCCUCAUUGUACCAAGCACAACCGAGCCAGUACAACCAACCGGCGAACGGUACAGCAAAAAGACAACGGGAUGACAGCAACAACGGGUUUGAGCGGGGCCAGGGCAAAAAGACUAAGAACCGCAGCGAUCGCCCUCAUAAGGUGUUAGCUUGCAAGUUCUUCCAGAAGGGGACGUGCAACAAGGGCGACAGUUGCACUUACAUUCACGAUCUCAACCUAUAA